AUGGCUGGUUCUACUCAUUUUUUCCUAUUGUCUUUGAUUAUGACAUUGUCCUUGUCAAGCAUCAACAUGAGCAUGGCAACUCGUCACCUUUUGGACACGCCUGCGGCUCCACCCCCGGCAUUGCCGCUGCCUACAAUUCCAUCUCUGCCAAAGGCUUCAUUGCCUCCUCUGCCCUCCAUACCAACACUGCCUAAAGCCACAUUGCCCCCACUGCCAAGCACGCCAUUGCCAACUUUGCCGACUCAACCAACUCUGCCAAAGCCCACAUUGCCACCACUCCCAUCUCAGCCAACACUGCCACCGUUGCCAACUCAACCAACUUUGCCAACAGUUCCUAAGGUGACUCUACCUCCUCUGCCUGCAGCCACUCCAUUGCCCACCAUCCCAACUACAAUCCCAUCUAUUCCUACCAUUCCAACAACAAUUCCAACAAUUCCAACAAUUCCUUUCUUCUCCCCACCCCCAUCAAACUCAUGA